GCAGAGCCGGCAGCGCCGGGAUGGUGCUGCUGGAUAGUGAACAGUUCCUGACGGAGCUGACUAGGCUCUUCCAGAAGUGCCGGUUGUCGGGCAGCGUGUUCAUCACCCUGAAGAAGUAUGAUGGCCAAACUAAACCCAUCCCAAGGAAGGGUUCUGUGGAGGGCUUUGAACCCUCAGACAACAAAUGUCUGUUAAGAGCUACUGACGGGAAAAAGAAGAUCAGCACUGUGGUGAGCUCCAAAGAGGUGAAUAAGCUUCAGAUGGCUUAUUCAAACCUGUUGCGAGCUAACACGGAUGGGCUGAAGAAGGGGGACAAAAAGAGCAAGAGGAAGAAGAGCAAAGCAGCACAGUGA